CUCCCCGGUCCAUUGGAGCCCCCAGACCCUCCUGAGCGUGUGCAGAACCCCAAGCAGUAGUGGAAGGAGACAGGAUGGCGGUGGCCUGGGAGGAGUAUUUCCGGCUGGCCUUAAAGGAGAAGCUGGCUAGGAAGAUUCCGGAGCUGAAGGUGAACCCCUUCCCCCCGGUGCUGCGGCUGCUGGAGAAGAAGCAGGAGCUGGCAGAUGCAGACCGGGCCCUGCAGGCCCAGAAAGAGGUAUUCCAAACCAAGAUGGCCACGCUCCAGCAGCGGCGGAAACAGCUGGAACAGAGGGAGCAGGAGCUCAAGGGGUCCUUCUUCCGCUUUGACAAGUUCUUGCAGGACUCAGAGGCCCGGCGCCGCCGUGCGCUGAGCCGGGCGGCGGAGGAGCGACACCUCGCAGAUCGUCAGGAGGCCGAGGCCCGGCGGCUGGCGGCCCAGCUGGAGGAGCUGCGGCGGGAGCGUGCUAGGCUGCAGCGCAGCCUGGAGCGCCUGGCGCCGUGCGCGCGGCUGCUGGAGCAGGUGCUGGAGCAGCUACCCGAGUUCCAGGGGGUCCCCGAGCUGGUGGCGCGCUUCGAUGGCCUGGCCGACAUGGAGGCGGCGCUGCAGCGCACGGAGCGUGAGCGGCUGGCGGAGCUGGAGACGGCGCGGGCGCAGCUGCAGCGGCUGCGGGACACCUGGCAGGACGAGGUGCUGCGGCAAAGCCAGCGGCGCGCGCAGCUGCAGCAGCGGCUGGAGGAGGCCCGCGAGCGCACGCUGCACUGGGAAUCCAAGUGGAUUCAGAUCCAGAACACAGCAGCCGAAAAGACCCUGCUCCUGGGACGGGCCCGGAUGGCAGCGCUGAACCUGUUCCAGAUGGUGUGCCAGCAUCAGAGGCAGCCACCUGCCCUGGACCUGGAGGACACUGAGGGGCAGCUGGAGCAGGUAAAGCUGUUCUUCCAAGACCUGUCUGGCAUGCUGGCCAGCCUGCGCCAGGCUGAACCUUGACUCCGUGGGCGCCCCGGCCAAAGGCGCCCCUCUGUAGCUCCCGGGCUCGGUGGCGGUUGCGGGCUGAGAGCUGCUUGAGGCCCCCGCGUUGCAGGAAGUGCAUCUUCUGUGUUCGGCGUCGCUGCUUCAGGAUCUGCUGCUUGGUCUUCAGCUCAGAGUGCACUCGGCCUGUGGGGGUGCCCGUGGGAUGGGGCGAGGCACCUGCAGUGGGGAGCCCAGGGCUCAAUCCAGGGGUCUGUGCCAACCCUCCCCAUCUCCUCUGCCCAGCAGUCCCAGGCUGCUCCCCACCUCCACAUACAUGCCUGGCAGUGGCGUCUGGCAGGCAUAGAUUGGGGGUCCAGACAGACUGACUAAAGAGCACCACAGCGUGCAGCCUGGAACUGGGACUGCAGGGGCUUGAACCCCAAUAGCCACCUCUUGGACCUCCCCUCCUUACUGUUCCCUACCUCAGUUUCCCCACCUGUAGGUUAGGAGUAACACCCUCUUCCUGAGAAGCUACCGGGGCGUGUGUGCAUGAGCUAAUACUACGUGCAGAGCACGGGGCCUGCAGGGUAGGGCAGACCUGCCCCCUGGAGGCCCGGGGCUCUAAACCUCUC